GCAGUACCCUAGUGCCACGACAAAGCACCCAAAAUGAACGGUUUCGGGGAGCAUGGGCAUGAUGAGGAUGCGUUUGGACCGUCCAAAGGGGGCAUCGUGUCCAGUUUCGACGCUUUUCCCAAAACCAAAAAGACAUACCUCGUCCAGGGUCGCAAUUCCUCUGCAUGGACGGUAACCCUCAUCAUCACUUGCCUCUACCUGGCCUGGUCUGAAAUUGCGCGCUGGUAUGCGGGUACAACGACGCAAUCCUUCGCCGUCGAGAAGGGUGUAUCACACGACAUGCAAAUAAACCUCGACAUCAUCGUAGCCAUGCGAUGUACCGACCUCCACGUCAACAUGCAAGACGCGGCCGGCGACCGCACGCUAGCCGGCGAGCUUCUACGCAAAGACCCGACCUCGUGGGCGCAGUGGACUGGCAGGAACACGGAAAGGGGGACCCAUGAGUUGGGCAAAGAGCCGGGACAAGGAGGGUCGGACGAUGACGAGAUUUUCGACGUGCAUGAGCAAUUGGGCAGGGCGACAAGGAAGAAGUUUAGCAAAACACCGAGACUGCGUGGCCUGCCGGAUAGUUGCAGAAUCUUUGGCAGUCUGGAGGGAAACAAGGUGCAGGGAGACUUUCACAUUACGGCACGAGGGCAUGGAUACAUGGAGUUUGGAGAACAUUUGGACCACUCUACAUUCAACUUCUCCCACAUUAUCCGCGAACUGUCGUUUGGCCCUUACUACCCGUCCCUCACCAACCCGCUCGACUCGACCAUUGCCGUGACGCCGACGCCCAACGACAAGUUCUACAAGUUCCAAUACUACCUCUCCAUUGUCCCAACCAUUUACACCGACGACCCCUCGCUCAUGCCCUUGCUUGAAUCCGUCGUCUCCACAAAGGACCACCCUGCCUCCAACAUCUUCCACACGACGCACGCCAUCAAGACCAACCAGUACGCCGUCACGUCGCAAUCUCACAGUGUAUCCGAGAUGUAUGUCCCCGGUGUUUUCGUGAAAUUCGACAUUGAACCCAUUAUGCUGGCCAUUGUCGAGGAGAGCGGCGGCUUCUGGAAACUGCUGGUCACGCUUGUCAAUGUUGUAAGCGGUGUCAUGGUCGCGGGCGGCUGGGUCUGGCAAAUAUAUGACUGGGCCAUUGAUGUCGUCGGCAAGAGGAAACGCAGGGGCGAUGGCGUCGGUGUGCUCGGUACGCCGUCUGUGGAGAAGAAGAGCUGGGAUUGAGGGACCAGAGCUUCUUCUUUCUUUUUCUUUUUAGAAUAAAGUCAAGACCUCGGGGGCGAAUGCAUCACUUUGGCGUUUACUGGCAAGGUCUUAUGAGUUGAGUGUGAUAACUUUAGUAUGUAUAGUUUUAGAUUUAUCUAUUU